CGCUAGAACAAUGGUGAUUUCUUUUUUUUAUUCUUUUCUUUUUCGUCUUUCGUCGUCAUUACAGAUCCUGGGCCAACAUCGACUCCAACAUUGACAUUUUUUCAACUUUCUUCUUAGUGUCCCUACCCGUCGUUGUAUAUCUAUUCAUUAUUUGAAGAACAGCGGAAUGGAGAAAUAACUUUUGUUCUUUUCCGUUCCUUUUUCAUGUUUUGAAUCUUUUUCUUGACAAUACAGCAUUCAACAACAACAACAACAACAAUAACAAUAACCUCAACAGAACAAUACAACACCCGUCAACGAGACCUACUCAUCCUUUCUCUGUUACUUUGUUUUGAUUUGAGAAAACAGAAAAAAAAAAAAAUAGAAAAAUGCAGGCCAACAUUGAUUUUGAAGAACUCAAAGAAAUACAAGCAAACGAAAUUGAAGCUUUAAAAGCUAUCUUUAUGGAUGAUUUCCGACAAGUUGAACAGAAAACAGCAUGGAAGGUAACCCAUAAAGAUCCAGAAUUUAUACUACAUUUAUGUCCUCUUGGUGUUGACGAAAAUGAAGCAUUCACAACCGUCGAUCUGAAAGUGCGAUUCCCUAAAUCCUAUCCCAACAAACCACCCGAACUUCACCUGAUCAAUCAGCGAGGGUUAAACGCACUCCUUGUUCGUCAAUUAGAACUCUCUUUGCAAAAAGCAGCACAACAACUGAUCGGUCAAGAGAUGAUGUACGAUCUCAGCGAUCACGUACGUGCAUUUCUUGCCAACCACAACGCACCUCCUUCCGCCACAUCCAAACUCACCCUUCAUGAACAGAUGGUGAUACGUAAUGAGCAGGAUUCAAAAGUGGAAAAAGAACGUGAAUUAGAGGCAUUGGCUCGACAACGAGAGGAAAGGGAGGCGGAGCUUCGUAUACAGUCGGAUAGGAUGAAUGAGCAAAUUCAGCAGGACAUAGAAAGGAAACGAAACCAAGCGCGAGCGGCUCGCCAACAACAAAGACGUCAACUCGGCUUUUCUCCAGACGAUUACUCAGAUGAAGAUGACACCGAUUCAGUACUAGGAGCCGUUGUGAAUGACUCGGACGACGAUUUUCAUCCUCGAUUUUCUUCACAUCAUCAUCAUCAUCACCCGCGUUAUCCUUACAGCAGUAACAGUAGCACCCUGCAAAAUUCUAUCGACGCACUUCAUCAUCAGUUGGAAAGUAGCGAUAUUCGUCUGAUUCGAUUCGAGAAUUUAAUUACUGUGCCUAUUGAGAAAGAAGAGAACAGCGGCACGAUACCGACCAGAAUCUGUUUUCAUACUGUAGUUUUGGGUCCUUGCAUUGGAAAAGGAGUGGUUGGCACAACGCAUUCGGCACAACCUGCAAAUUAUAAAAUAACUGGAGAUGGCAACAACAACAACCAUAACGACAGUAUGACUGGAGAAGAAACAGACAAUCUCGUCCUACCCAGCUUACUCGCCGUGAAGAAAGUGACUGUAUCAGGGUCGUAUUAUUCAACUCAGGCAGGAAAAAGAAAACUUCAGGACGUCGAAAGGGAACUUGAUCGUUUACGUACACUACAACACCCUCAUAUUUUGCAGACGUAUGAUUCUCGAUUGGACAGGAGUCGUAUGGAUCGCAGCUUUUGGACUCUCUACGUGUUGAUGGAGUAUGAACAGGGUGGAAGCUUAUAUGAUCUCCUCAAAAAGUGUGGAGGCGGCUUGAGAUUAGCGAUUGUCCGUAAAUACAUGAAGCAACUAUUAUGGGCGUUGAAUCACGUACAUUUGAACGGUUUCAUCUGCAAAGAUAUCAGAUCGAAUAGUAUUUUUUGCAGCAAUCAUCAAUCUGUCAAAUUAGCCGACAUAAGUUACAACAAGCGACUGCAUGAUCUCAACAAGUCUAAUUUUUUUAUUGAGGAGGAACAUGAAAGUGACGCUUUACAGAAUCAUUCUUCCAUAUCCGCUUGGUAUUCGCCUGAAUUGCGCGAGCGACCAGGCGUCUAUGGCCGAAAAAAUGAUAUCUGGUGUCUCGGUGUGGUAUUUAUAGAAAUGUUAUGGGGCGUCGAAGUGACGAAAGAAUUUGGCGACUUUGAGGCUUUCUUACGUACAGCAGGUUCUGAUCUACCCUCCGUCGCUAUUGAUUUUGCAAAACGUUUGUUGGAACCGGAUCCGAAGAAGCGUCCUACCGCUAUCGAUUUGAUGAGAGACCCUUUCUUUGAAGGAGAUGGCGAAUACAUGCUUACAGAACAACCAGCCGCCUCACCCAUCUUUUCAACCGUGGUGCCACCUAUCAGCUCAAACGAAGUAUUAGACCAUGCUCACAACAACAAUAACAACAACAAACUCCAAGUGCCCACAAGACCUUUAUACGAACAGUCUAUGGCACCUGAUUUCAAUAAAUCUCUAUACCCACCUGAUCAUUAUAACAAUAAGCAAAACACCUAUCAUCCUGGCCAUCCUACGAACUACCUUACACAGCAUCCAUCCACGUCAGAGUCAACGAGUGGAGCAUCACCCAUCACCUCCAGAUACAAGAAUGAUUUCGAAGAGAUUGAAUUCUUAGGUAAAGGCGGAUUUGGCGAGGUGAUUAAAGUUCGCAACCGUUUAGACGGCCGCCUGUAUGCUAUCAAAAAGGUACGCUUGGAUCCUCGGGACAGUGAAGACUUGAGAAAAAUUUUGAGAGAAGUGCAUUCCUUAUCCAGCCUACACCAUCAAUAUGUUGUGCGCUAUUUUGCAACUUGGUUUGAAGAUGAGGAUGGUAGUAGUAGCUAUAAGGAUACCUCAGACGAAGAGGACUUUACAGACGAGACAGAUUCAGAAUACGAUGAAGAAGAAGAAGAGGAGGAGGACGGCGAUGUCAGUGCCUACAAAAAGCAGUUCCGUGAUUUUAUGUCUGUUCGUCGAAUGAAAAGUCAAAGUAGGAGCUAUUCAGCUAUUCAAUUUGUUGAGGAAGAUGAGGAGGACGACGACGAUGACAUCGAGAGUACAAGUGAUGAGGAGGAGGAGGAGGAGGGACAAGCCUCAUCCACGCAUGACGACGGCACCACAGGUGACGAUGAUGAUUCGGAUGAUUUCAUCUCGUUUGGACAUGCUUCCACCACCUCGACGACGCGUAGUCAUAAUGCAACUGGAACGAGUGCUGUCACUACCACCACGACGGACACAGUGUCUACAAAAAAACAAUCGCUAGCACGUAAAGCAGUCAAUCACUUGAAGAAAAAAUCAAACGAUAAAAGUGGCAGUAGUGGUCAGAAGCAGCAACAAAGAACCCGUGUUUUGUAUAUUCAAAUGGAAUAUUGCGAGAAAAAGACAUUGCGCGAUGUGAUUGAUGAAGGCAUAGACGAACAGGAAGGAUGGCGUUUAUUCCGCCAAAUUCUGGAAGGCCUAGUGCAUAUACACUCACAAGGCAUGAUCCACCGUGAUCUGAAACCUCCCAAUAUUUUCUUGGACGCGAACAACGAUGUCAAGAUUGGAGAUUUCGGCCUUGCCACGACAAAUCAAACGCUGGUGGAUGGAAUAGCAUUGUCGCGAAACCCUAGUCUUCGCAUUUUUGAGCGAUACAAUACGAGCUCUCAGAACGGCCCUGCCGCCGAAAGUGCUGCUGCUAGCUAUACAGGCUAUUCCGCUUCGAGUGUUCAUAUAGGAGCAGAAGAAAGUAUGACGACGGGUGUAGGUACCACAUUCUAUGUUUCACCCGAAGUGAUGCCUGACCCAACGACCGGCGCUACAUCGGGGAUGCGCUACAAUCAAAAGGUCGAUAUGUUUUCCCUGGGUGUCAUCUUUUUUGAAAUGUGUUACAAAUUCUCCACAGGCAUGCAACGCGUCGUUGUGCUCAAUGAUCUAAGGAACGGUAAAUUUCCUGAUGAUUUUCCAGCCAACUAUGUCCAUCAAAAGAAAAUCAUCAAGAUUCUGCUGUCGCCCCAGCCCAAAGAUCGUCCCAACAGCUUUGAGCUUCUUCGUAGCGACCUCUUACCGCCCAAGCUGGAAGAUGAGUACAUUAAAGAAUGCGUGCGUACGAUUGCUAACCCUAAUACACCUUACUACGGGAAACUGAUGUCUGCCAUGUUCUCACAAUCAGCCGACCGACACAAAGACUUCACCUACGACUACCAGACCAACAUUGAAUUGCCUUUUGACCCGUUCAGUCAUAUCUUUUACGAUUGCAUUCGAGAACAAAUGACCAAGGUGUUCAAGCGCCAUGGCGCUAUUGCCGUCUCGGCUCCUUUGCUGAUACCAAAGAAUGAUUUAUAUCACCUGAAUUGGAAAAAUCCCGUCUAUCUUAUGGAUGCACAGGGCUCUUUGAGUCAGCUUCCUUAUGAUCAGACCGUUCCCUUUGCCAGAUUCAUAUCACGUCAAAAAGGCUUUCCCGAAAUGAAGCGCUUCACGUUCGAUAAGGUUUACCGAGAAAACCCCAGCGGCGGUCAACCAGAAGCCAUUUUGACAGCUGACUUUGACAUUGUUCAUAAAAAGACAUCUCCCAUGGUGCCUGAUGCCGAAGUGCUCAAAGUAGUGGAAGAAGUACUGGAAGAUUUACCCCCGUAUAAAAAGGGUGGCUUCUGCUUCAUGGUGAAUCACACGGGUAUUACGGAUAUGAUAUUGGAUAACUGUCGUGUUCCGCCUGAUAUCAGAAAAGGUGUUUUGGUCAUAUUAUCUAGUUUAGGCGGUUCUACCUCUUUUUCAGGUGUGAGAAAUCUGCUAAAGUUGAAGUAUCAUUUACAGCGAAGUGUGCUGGACGAGCUUUCUAUGUUUAAUAUUCAGGGUGAAUUAGAUACGAUUGGCAAAAAGGUUGAAAGCCUGUUGCCCAAUAAUUACAAGAGCAAGUUUAGAGACUAUGUCAAUGAACUACGUACUUUAACAACAGUGAGUAAAUUUAUGGGGGUUCGCCACAAAAUCAUAUUCAACCCUUUAUUAGUGUAUAACAAUCACUUUUACAAGAAUGGAAUCAUAUUUUUAACUGUUAUAGAUACCAUUGAUUCCAAGCGCAAAGAUAUCCUUGCUAUUGGUGGAAGAUAUGACUUUUUGAUACAACAUUUCUCACAUCCGAAUGCAACAGCUAAUAGAAAACUACAAGCUGUUGGUGUAAAUAUUGCAGUUCAAAAACUGAUUCGUCAUUUGGAUAUAUACCAAUCUGAGCAGGUCAAAUAUCUAAUGAAAGCAAGGAAUGAAAAGAUGAGAAGCUUUGGUUUAUGGGCACCCAAGAAAUGCGACGUCUAUGUUGCUAGUUUUGGAAAAGUUCUUUUACAGGAAAGACUAGAGAUAGUUCGCGAAUUAUGGAAUCAUGGCAUCCGUGCCGAAUAUCAAUAUGAUGAUGGAGACAAUCUUACGCCUGAAGAAGUGGUCUCACAAUGUAAAAAAGCGAGUAUCAAUUGGAUCGUUAUAGUGAAGCAUAGAAAUUCAGAGAAUAAAUCGACAGAAUCGACUACUGUCAAAGUGAAAGACGUGUUGCGACGUACAGAAACAGAAGUGAGUAAGGCAGAUCUAUGCAUGUGGUUAUCCUCCGAAAUUAGCGAGCAGAUGCGGGUAGAUUCUGUAGCCAAAGUGAAGAACAAACAUGACAUUAAAACAAAGGAAUCUACAGAUACAGGUCGAAAUGAUCCAUUUUUACAUGAUUUGUCAAAGUCUGACGGUAUAGAUCAGAAAAAGACAGCCUUCAAUGUGAAUAUUGUAUAUAACGAAGGCCGUGGUAAAGAGCGUACAAAGAUGAAGCAUAAACAUAAAAGUGUUUUGGUGGAUAAAGCUAUAAAUCACCUAACGCCUAUUAUGGAUGAUAUGAAAAGAGACGUUCAAGUCCUUGCUUUUGAUCUUCCCAAAGAACUUAUCAGGUUUAUGGUCGAAUUUAAGUUUUGGCAAGACGAUGGAUUCAAAAAAUUGUUGGAUCACGCAGGAACAAACCAACGAGAUACCCUUACUAGAGUAAAGCAUGCCGUACAAAAACUCAUUGAUGCUAAAUAUAAAUCUGUAUGGCUCUAUUCCCAUAGGGAUGAUUAUGCUUUAUUAUGCACUCUACCGUGCUAAAACAUUUGAAUAAUACAUUCGAAAAUUAAUAAAUUCUUUUGAUUCUGAUAUUCUACCAAGGCACCGUUUCAAUACUAUCCGUAACUUCUAUUCGAAUGUGGCUAACCCGCCGAUUUCCUGAUCCAGCCCGCAGCAAAAUUUUUGACAAUCGAAAACUUUUACUGAUCACGUGAAUUUAUAAUUUUUUAUAUGUAUAUUUUAAUAAACUCAAAAAAAAACAAAAUGUCUCUG